AUGGAUUUAUCAGGAAUGAAAAAGAAGAGCUUGCUAGGAGUCAAGGAAAAUAAUAAAAGGUCCAGCACUAGGGCUCCUUCCCCCACGAAGCGCAAAGACCGCUCUGACGAGAAGUCCAAGGACCGCACUAAAGAUAAAGGGGCCGCCAAGGAGUCGAGUGAGAAGGACCGUGGCCGGGAUAAGGCCCGGAAACGACGCAGCGCGUCCAGUGGUAGCAGCAGCACCAGGUCCCGCUCCAGCUCCAGCUCCAGCUCGGGCUCCAGCUCCAGCAGCGGCUCCAGCAGCGGCUCCAGCUCGUCGUCGGCGUCCAGCCGCUCGGGCAGCUCCAGCACGUCGCGCAGCUCUACCUCCAGCAGCUCCUCGGGCUCCCCCAGCCCUUCGCGGCGCCGGCAUGACAACAGACGGCGCUCCCGCUCCAAGUCCAAACCACCUAAAAGAGACGAGAAGGAGCGGAAGAGGCGGAGUCCCUCCCCGAAACCCACCAAGGUGCACGUGGGUCGCCUCACCAGGAACGUGACCAAGGAUCACAUCAUGGAGAUAUUCUCCACCUAUGGGAAGAUUAAAAUGAUCGACAUGCCCGUGGAGAGGAUGCACCCCCACCUGUCCAAAGGCUAUGCCUACGUGGAGUUCGAGAACCCGGACGAGGCUGAGAAGGCGCUGAAACACAUGGACGGAGGACAGAUAGACGGCCAGGAGAUCACGGCCACGGCUGUGCUGGCCCCCUGGCCCAGGCCUCCCCCCCGACGCUUCAGCCCCCCCAGGAGGAUGCUGCCCCCACCCCCCAUGUGGCGCCGAUCUCCCCCGCGGAUGAGGAGACGGUCCCGCUCGCCGCGACGCAGGUCCCCUGUGCGCAGGCGGUCUCGCUCUCCUGGGCGCCGCCGGCACCGCAGCCGCUCCAGUUCCAACUCCUCCCGAUAA